UCUCACUCGUUGACAAAAUAACCAAGAUAAACGUAUCCCGACUCAAAUCGAUGCAGAAGAUUACGCUAGGGGCACGAGUUGUUGGAGAUAGAGGGCAAAUAUUUGAGUCGCACGCCCACUUCAUCGCUGAUAAACAUGGCCAGGUUGAUGUUUGUCGUGACCCGUCUGUGGGUGGAUCCUACAACGGAGUCUCAGCCAUGGGACUGUUAUGGAGCAUGAAACCAGCACCAGGGCAGAGAAAAGGAAUUCGACUGAUGAAAUUUGAUGUCACUAAGCCUUACAAUAUCGCCCUAAACUGUUUUGAUGGUCACAUAAAUCCGCAGGAAUCAAGCUCUUUGGUGUCAUUGUCAAGCAAAACGUUUGAGAAGGGAUACAUGGCGGAUGGAGUGAAGAGAAUUCCUGUGAGAGAAGGAAGAAUCCAUGGAACCCUUUUUAUUCCUCCGGAUGAUGGACCUUUUCCAGGAGUGAUAGAUCUGCUCGGUACUAUAGGUGGAUUAGUGGAAUUUAAGGCUUCGCUGUUGGCAUCUCAUGGAUUCGCUACUCUUGCGUUAGCCUACAUUGAUUAUGAUCAACCAUUGUCUCCAUCUUCAAUAAACUUGGAUUACUUUCAAGAAGCUGCUAACUGGCUUGUAAGUCACCCUAAAGUCCUUCCACAUGGUAUAGGCAUGCACACCAUUUGUUAUGGGUCAUGGAUUGCGCUGUUGAUGGCAAGCUAUCAAAUCGCAGCAAUAAAGGCCAUUGUUGCUAUUUCACCUUUGGUAAUCGCCUACCAUCACCCUUUCCAAUUAAAAGGGAGAGUCUCUGAUAUGAUCCCCCUUAACAAUAGCGAAGUGUUGUCUUCAGAGAAAGGUAGCAUCUGGCGUUUUGCUCUAUCAACUGACAUCGACGGCAUGAAUCCAACAGUCUCCAAAUACUCAGCUAUAACACCAGUUGAGAACAUCAAUUGCCCAGUGAUGCUGGUUUCUGGAACUGACGACUUGAACAUCCCCGCCGAAUUUGCGGAAAAGUUCAUUGUUGAUCGCUUGAAGGAGAAUGGAAAAGAGCAUUUGUGCACUAAUCUGCAUUAUCCCCAAGCAGGACAUCUCAUCGAGCCACCUUACUCCCCUCUUUGUGAUUCCUCUUACAACAAAUCUUCUAAAGAUUUGUGUGGUGACUCUUACAUAGCGUGGGGAGGGGAGACUGGUGCACAUGCCAGAGCACAAGAAGACUCCUGGUCAAAGAUUUUGCAAUUUCUGCGAAAACAUCUCCAACAAGACACAGAGAGUGAGGAUGAAGAAUACUGAAGUGCUAAACUAACUCGCGUACCUGUAUCGAGAAGGGAUAUUUACACUAUUUACUGACUAAUUCUACCAAAGAAUAGCUUUAAAAUAGGCCUUCGGGAUUUUUAAAGGUGCCUGUAAGGUAUCUGAAUCGUAUCUGAGCAACACUUUAAACAGAAUUGAAAAUGAUAAACUAGUAUCGUAGCCAAAUAUGUCGAAAUGCCCUCUAAUAUGAGAAUUUUUUUUCUCAGUUCGUGAGAGGGCGGUAUUCUACAAAUCCUGCAAUCUGAUU